AUGGCUUUCCCAGUCACAGAGGCCUUUACUCCCCCACGGGAUGUUGAAGAGGGCACUGAACCACAAGCUGUUAGGAUACACACACCUCUCACCGUGACAGCCUUAAAAGAGUUAAAGGCCGCAGUCUCUCAAUAUGGCCCGACUGCCGCCUACACCCUGGCAGUUCUAGAUUCUUUGACUCAGGGUUGGAUUAUUCCUAAUGAGUGGAAAGACUUAGCAAAAGCCACCCUCUCUGGAGGCAAUUAUCUAUUAUGGAGAUCUGAAUUUUUUGAUCAAUGCGAGGACGUAGCCAGAGACAACGCCACACGGCUUAGCCCCUGGACCCUUGCUAUGCUUACAGGAACAGGAGAUUUUGCCACAAAAGAGACCCAAAUGCAGUUCAAUUCGGGCCUCUUUGCCCAGAUUAAUAUGGCAGCCAUUAGAGCAUGGAAACGGCUCCCCUCAGGAGGCGAGCCUACUUUAUCUCUCACCCAAAUAAAACAAAAGCCUGAGGAGCCCUUUUCAGACUUUGUCGAUCGCCUGUUACAGGCGGCAGAGCGUCUUUUCGGCUCCACAGAAACAAACUCUGCCCUGAUGCCACUUGUUUCAAAUGUGGCCAAAGUGGCCACACGGCUCGUGAUUGCAAAAGAAAAAAUCAAAAUCAGUCCUCUACAAAAAACCCAGGGCUGUGUCCUAGAUGUAAGCGAGGAGACCACUGGGCUAAUGAGUGCAAGUCCAAAAGAGAUGCUCACAGUAACCCUCUCUCCCCACAGGGAAACGGGUUACGGGGCCGGCCCCAGGCCCCCAAUUCCGGACAAACCCGUGGGGCUCCAAGGGCAAAAAAGUGAAAAGAACUAUUUUAGAUCAAAUAAAGCUAGAGAUAUAAUCUAUCCAACACAGAAAAUGACUUUUGAAUGGAUAAAAUAUGACAGAAGGAGCUAUCAGAAUAUUCUAGCUUUCAAAUUUGUGAUAGAACAGAUCAACAAUAAUUCUCAUCUUUUAACAAACAUAUCUCUAGGAUAUGAGUUUCAUAAUUUCCUUUAUAGUUACUGGAGGAUGCUGGAGAGUUCUAUCAUUUUGCUCACAUGACAGAGUGGCAUGCCUAAUUACUCCUGUAGGAGAAAAAGCAAGUCUGUAGCAGUACUAACAGGAACAUCAUGGGAAGCUUCUGCUCAAGUUGGCAACCUGCUGGAGCUCUACAAGUUUCCACAGGUAACAUUUGGGUUUUUUGAUCCUGUGCUAAGAGACAAUGGACAGUUUCCUUCUAUCUAUCAGGCAGCCCCGAAGGACACAUCUCUGGAUCUUGUUAUGGUUGUGUUGAUGCUUCAUUUCAGAUGGACCAGGGUAGGACUGGUCAUUAUGAAAGGUCAUAAGACAUCAGUUCUCUCAGAUGUGACAGGAGAGAUGGACAAAAACAAAAUCUGUGUAGCAUUUGUGAAAAUGGUCACAAUUCAUCUUCUCAAUGCAAUUUUGAAGAACAUUCCAUUUAACAAUCUUGCUGGAAACCAAGUGAAUUUGAAUGACAGAAGCAAAGUGGAUGUACAGUAUGACAUUCUCAACUUUUGGAAUUUUUCAGAAGGCCUUAGACUUAAGGUCAAGUUUGGAACAUUUAUCCCAUAUGUCCAACAUGGCCAACAAUUGUCUUUAUCUUAUGAUAUGAUUGAGUGGCAACCUAUAUUUUUUCCUCAGAUGCCCCACUCUGUAUGCAGUGAAAGUUGUCAUUUUGGAUUCAGGAAGACCUCUUAGGAGGAAAAGCCUGCCUGCUGUUUUUAUUGCACCCCUUGCCCAGAGAAUGAAAUCUCCAAUCACACUGAUAUGGAACAAUGUGUAAAGUGCCCUGAUGACCAGUAUGCCACAAUACAGCAAGACCAUUGCCUCCAAAAGUUGGUGACUUUUCUUGCUUAUGAAAACCUCAUGGGGAAGAUGCUGGCUGGCACAGCCCUCAGUAUCACUGUCCUCACAGUUGCUGUUCUUGUGCUUUUUGUGAAGAAUUGAGACACUCCCCUUGUCAAGACUAAUAACCAGGCUCUCAGCUACACUCUGCUCAUCUCCCUCACCUUCUGCUUCCUCUGCUCCUUGCUCUUCAUUGGCCAUCCCAACACAGCCACCUGCAUCCUCCAGCAGACCACAUUUGCAGUUGUCUUCACUGUGGCUGUUUCCAAUGUUUUGACCAAAACUAUUACUGUGGUUCUGGCCGUUAAGGUCACUGCUCCAGGCAGAAGGAUGAGGCUGUUGCUGGUAUCAAGGGCACCAAACUACAUCAUCCCCAUCUUUACUCUGGUCCAACUCACUCUCUGUGGAGUGUGGAUGGGAACAAACCCAUCCUACAUUGAUGUAUAUGCACACUCUGAACCUGGCCACAUCAUCAUCAUGUGCAACAAGGGCUCCCUCAUUGACUUCUAUUGUGUUCUAGGAUACCUGGGCUCCCCAGCCCUGGUCAGCUACAUGGUGGCUUUCAUAGCCAGGAACCUGCCUGACACAUUCAGUGAAGCCAAGUUUCUGACAUUCAGCAUGCUGGUGUUCUGCAGUGUGUGGAUCACAUUCCUCCCUGUGUACCACAGCAGCAAGGGGAAUGUGAUGGUGGCCAUGGAGGUCUUCUCUAUCUUGGCCUCUGGUGCAGGGAUGCUGGACUGCAUCUUUGUCCCUAAAUGCUAUAUUAUUUUGUUAAGACCAGAGAGAAAUUCUCCGCAUGGGUUCAAAGAUAAAACACAUUCUGGAAAUAAGAAAUCUUAUUAG